AUGAGAGGUGGGGUGAAAGUCAUAUUGUGGGAGGUGUAGAGCCGGUUGGAAACGCCGAAUAGAAAGAUCUAUCUAAGCAUAUUCGUUUGUGAUCGCAUCUGCUGUCAACACACACGUUCGUCGUUUCGUACAAACGCUGGACGUCAAUCAUUGCUUCCGUACAACAAUGAAUAAGGUUUCAUUGUUUUUCGUGUAUUUUCUAUUUGUUGCAUUACUUGCAGGUGAGUGUCUUUUAGAAUUUCUGAACGGCUUCAUUUCUUCAUUGUUUGCAUUGUCUUAAAAUAUUUUUUAAUUUGAAUUGAAAGCUAUAUCGUUUCCCUGUUAACCUCAGUUACUUCAGCUGCAUCAAAAACAACGCAGUUAGUGUUCAAAAGAUUCACAACAGAGACAUGUAAUAACAAUCCAUGUAUGAAUGGAGGAACAUGUACUCCAGGAAAGCUUUCUUGCACGUGCGCUCAAGGAUGGAUGGGCCGAUAUUGUCACAGUAAGUUAUAAAUUUACCAUUUCAGAUAUCCUAGCUUCCCAAAAUCAAAGUACUUUACAUUUUACAGGAAAGUGUAGGAACAUUUACAAAAGCUGUGAUCGUUGGGCAGUUGAGGAUAAAUGUCAUACUAUUCUCACACAAACAAAUUUUUUUGAUGUUAAUUGUGCUGUUUCUUGUAAAAUGUGCUCCCCUGAUACGACAUAUGGUAAACUAAAUUUAUAAAAAUAAAUGAGAAGAAGACUACAAUUUGUUUCAGUGGCUCCUGAAAUUCCCUUGGCACCAGCUCUAGAACCAAUGCAGUUUUUUCUUGGAAAAUGGCACUCUCGCGCUUCCAAAGGUCUUCGUUUCCCAACCGAUCUGUAUGAUAACGAGUAUGAAGAAAUCAUCGACAUUUCUCCCGCUAACGUGCCUAUGUUUGGUCCUCCAUCUCUGAAUUACACGUGAGUAUUAUAACUCAUGCGUAUGUAAGAUUAUGGUUUAGAAGCACGUCAUGGUUUGAAGACGAUACCAGAGUAAUGCAUGGUUUUAUCACUUUAAAACCAAAUUCUUUCCCCCCUGAGAUUGCAAUUCUCAGUACUAGUAAUGAAGGUGAUUCUAUUCAUGAUCUAUUAAUUAAGCGUUUUUUAUUUAGGACUGAAUAUGAUAGAGCUUGGAACUCUUAAGCACCAUGUUCUAACUUUGAACGUUUCGUACAUGCAAGUCCAUCCAACAAUGGACAGUAAAGUUUUACCGUUGGGCGCUACAAGACGGCUGCGAAGAGUAGGCAAUUUGCUGGAAAUGACAGUGGCAAAACUAUUCAAUGAAAAUAAAGUAAACGAAUGCACAAAAAUUUAAUUUUACAAAAUCGUUACAGGUUUCUCAAUUCAAAAAGAUGUUCAAGAAAAUUGCUGAUUAUGCGUUCUGA